UCCCUCACCGCCAUCGACCAAUCAAACAGCACGGACAGAUAUCCGUCCAAUCACGCGUCACCUUGGCGACUUCACUUCCCGUUUGAGUUCCCAUGCUUGUUUUGGGGUUCUUCGGGAGGCCAACACGUCCCUGUCGCAUUUCAAUUUGUUGCAGUAAAUCGGAUCAUGGCCAAAGAUAAAUCUCUGAAAUCAGCAUCAAAUCUUCCUGAGAAGAAGAAGAAGAAGCUGGGUUCAAAUGACGUCAAUGUAAAUAUAGAAGACACAAUGGAGGCUGAGGUAAAGGGGAAAAGAAGAAAGAAGGAGGUAGAGGAGGCUCCGGUAGAGAUUCCGCAGGAAACCAGCACAGAUGAGAAAAAACAGAAGAAGGAGAAGAAACGCAAAAAGAAACGAGCGGCCGAGGAAACACAGGCCAAUACAACUGAGAUUUCAGAUCCACCCAGUCUCCCCGAGCCGACACUUGAGCUGGAGGGUGAGGAGGACCUGAGCCCCGAAGAGAAGCGGGUGAUGGAGAGGAAGAUGAAGAAGAUCCUGAAAAAGGAGGAGAAGAAGAAGCUGAAAGCUGAGGGAGAGACCGAGAAGAGAAGUGAAGAAUCUGGACCCACGGCUCCUCAGCAAGCUUUAGUUUACCUCACCUGCUGGGCUGAGAGGCGAGCAGAGUGGAAGUUCCAGAAGACCAGGCAGACGUGGCUGCUGCAGCACAUGUUCGACUCCGACAAGAUUCCAGAUGAGAAUUUCUCCGUGCUGCUUCAGUACCUGGAGGGGCUUCGUGGAGGAUCGAAGGACAUGACCGUGAAGAAGGCCUUAGCCCUGGUCGAGGAGUCGGGACAAGCACCAGAGGACAAGGCUGUCCAGCAGAGGGCGCACAGAGCCAGAGAAGCUAUCCAGCUACUCACCUGACCCGGGACUACUCACAUUAAACAGAGAUAAGACUCAAGUCUGUUGAUCUGUGGACUGAUGAUUGCCUUGGACUGUUGCUUUACAUGUAUAAAUUUGUAAUUGUCCUUAAGGGGAAAGUUUUGAUUUAAGCACAUCAAUCGUUUGUAUUUGGAAAUAAGAAAUCCCAUAAGUUCAAGUUAAGUACUUAAAGUACAAUUAUACCCUGGGGGGCCAAAGUUUAUUGUUUUUCAGUUUCACGAGUGCGUACAGGUGUAAACCACAGAGGAUGAAACAAAAAGCUGAGAAACCUCAGGAGUUAUUGUCUCAGGAAUGUUGGUAGUCAAGACAUGUUUUUGCAUGCUGAGACUCCCACUGAUGAGAGUAACUUCUUACACACACUUGGUAUAAACAUAAUGAGCAUGUUAUGUUUUUACAAAUCUCCUGUAACUAAAAAUCUGUGCCUGUAGUUCCUGUUCAAAGUUUGUGCAUUUGAGGUUUGUUAUUUUUUUUCCAAUGAUGUAAAACCUUUUCUAAAUGUAUAACAUUACACCCAAAUACAGUACGAUUGACAUUGAAA